CAAUUUCUACUUACCGUUGUUAUGUCAGUGCAGUGUAACGUGAAAACACAAAAAACACGUGUAAUUUCAUCAGCACAAAUAAUAAAAUUAAAAAAAUUACUCAAGUAAUUAAAAAAAUAAAUAAAACAUAAAAUUGAAGAAUACUUGUUGUUACGUUGCUUGAAGAUUAAGGAAAGAAGAAAAUAAGCUGAUGAUGUCACUGAGGAAGAUCAUCAGGUCACCGUUGUUUGUGACGAAGAUUGAAAGGAUAAAAAUUCGGCGUCGUGAUAUCCAGACGGCUAGUAGUAGUCAUGAAAAUAAUGCUGAUGAUAAUAAGUAUGAUGUUAUUAUAAUCGGUGGUGGACAUGCUGGCACUGAGGCUUGUGCGGCUGCUGCGAGAAUGGGUGCGAAGACUUUACUUGUUACUCAUAAGAAAAGUACAAUAGGUGAAAUGUCCUGUAAUCCAUCAUUCGGUGGGAUAGGCAAAGGAAAUUUAGUAAGAGAAGUCGACGCGCUUGAUGGUGUCUGCAGCCGAAUUUGCGAUGUUUCUGGAGUGCAUUAUAAAAUAUUAAACAAACGUAAAGGACCAGCUGUAUGGGGCCUCCGAGCUCAAAUUGAUCGUGAUCUCUACAGAACAAAUCUCCAGGCGGAAUUAUUCAACACUCAAGGGUUGGAGAUACGUGAGUCCUCAGUCGAGGAUCUUAUUCUACAGCGUGAUUCUAACAAAUGUUGCGGUAUUAUUUUAAAAGACGGCACAAAAAUAUUCAGUGAAACAGUUGUAAUAACAACGGGAACUUUUCUAAAAGGACAAAUAAACAUUGGCUUAGAAAAGCGUCCAGCUGGAAGAAUAGGCGACGAACCAAGUAUAGGAUUAGCAAAUACUUUGGAAGACCUGGGUUUUCGAAUGAGCCGAUUGAAAACAGGAACCCCGCCACGAUUAAAGAAGUCAACCAUAGACUUCUCAAAGUGUGGGAUUCAAGUUCCAGACGAGAUACCAGAGCCAUUUUCAUUUAUGAGUGAACGUGUGUUAAUAAAUCCCAGCGACCAGUUACCUUGCUACAUAACUUAUACAAACGAGCGAGUCGCUCAAAUAAUUAGGAAUAAUAUGCACUGCAAUAGUCAUGUCACAGAAGAAGUAACUGGUCCGCGUUAUUGCCCGAGUAUCGAAAGUAAAGUAUUGAAAUUUAAAACGUCAGGCCACCAGAUCUGGCUAGAACCAGAAGGAUUGACCUCAGAUAUUAUCUAUCCUGGAGGACUGUCAUGCACAUUGCCAGCAGAUAAGCAGCAAGAACUGGUUAAUUGUAUACCAGGGUUAGAAAAAGCUGAAAUAGUGCGUCCUGGUUACGGAGUCGAGUAUGACUUUAUCGACCCCCGGGAGCUGACCUACGAGUUGGAAACUCGAAGGAUCCGCGGACUGUUUUUGGCUGGACAGAUUAACGGCACGACUGGCUACGAAGAAGCUGCUGCGCAAGGAAUAAUCGCUGGUGUUAAUGCUGCGGCUAGAGUUCUUAAUAAACCAGCUCUGAUUGUCGACCGAACAGAAGGUUACAUCGGUGUUUUAAUUGACGACUUGACGUCUCGAGGAACAACAGAACCCUAUCGUAUGUUCACAAGUCGCGCGGAGUUCCGUGUAAGUCUCAGGCCGGAUAACGCUGACUUGAGACUUACGGGCAAGGGGUUCAGAACCGGCUGCGUGUUGCCGGAACGCAUGGAGAAGACCUCCAAGCUAGAGGAAAGGUUGCAAGAAAGUAUGAAUCUGCUUAGAUCUAUUUCUAAAAGUAACAAAGAGUGGUCGGAGUCAUUUGGAAUCAAAAGAGUUAAAGAUAACAAGGUUAAGAGUGGGUUUACUCUUUUAUCAAGUAAUUUUUAUGAUCUUGAAUUUGAUGACUUUGUUGAAAAAAUUCCUGAGAUGUUUGGAAAAUUUGCGGGAGACAAAAUAUUAGCACGUCGUGUUAAGAUCGAAGUCAGCUAUGAUUAUUGUAUUCAAGAGCAGUUGCUAGAAGUUGAAGAAGUGCGCAAACACGAAAAAAUGCUGAUACCCUUAGACUUUAAUUAUGAAAAGAUCAACCUUUCGACGGAAGACAGAGAAAAACUCACAGCUAUGCAGCCGCAAACGGUUGCUGCGGCGACGAGAAUACCUGGAGUUACACCAGCAGCGACGCUGAGAAUUGUUAAACAUCUUCAACAGAUUAAACGAAAUGUAUAUAAUAGAAAUUAAUUAUUAUAAAAAUUAAAUAUUUAUAAUAAUUGUUUUAAAUGGUAAUUUUAUAAUUAUG